AUGAGCAGUCCUCCCGAGGAGUCAGAGUCGUCGUCGUCGAGCUCACCGUCUUACCCUGACCCCGACCUUCGCUACCCCAAGUUCAAGCUCAGCGACUUGCCAGAUGCUCCUCCACACUGGAGGCUCUUCGGAGAAACAGCGGAUGAUGUUCUUCGUACUCGCAAAUUUGUCCGCGAGCAGUUGGUAGCCAUGAUCGAUUUCUACGCCUGGGGAAUCGACAUGGGUUUUGAAACACGUAUGACCAAUUUGCGACUCACGAAAGCCAUAUGGAAGCUCUUUUACUACUUUGCCGAUCAGCAUCUGCCCACAUCGGUCAGGGAUCUUCUCAAUUUCGACAAAAAGGAUGGUGGUCCGAGAUUGCUGUCACGCGAAAUCACCGAUUCUUCCCUGCUACCCAUCAGCAGAUACUACCCCGACCCCCCGAGUCUCACUGCCCAGGCGAAGCCCGAUUUCGUCAGACCACAGAAUGCUGCAGAGUGGAUGCCCGAUGCUUACGUUGAGCAAAUGUGUAUGUCGAGUCGUAAUUUGAAUCCUUCAAUGGCGAGAGCCCCGAGUCAGACGCCAACAGCGACGCUGGCUCCAUCCUCCCGCUCUGGCUCGCGCAAUGGCAUCAACAGUGACAAUAGCGAUGACACGAACGGCAACCUUCAGGCAGCCCUCGUUGGUCCAGUGGUUGCGGGGUUUUCUAACCCGUUAACUCUUGUGCAAUCCGCCAACCCAACAGGCGCAUUUAUACCUGCUCCUGCUCCGGCCACAAGUCUCCGUGUUCCUGCCCACAAGGCCCGAGCCGUCAUUGAAGCUGUCGAGAAGUCUGUCAUGAACUUUGCCUAUCAAGAACUUGAGCGAGACCCAAGUGCUGUUCCGCAGGAUCCUCGGCCAUUCCAAACUGUACUGCGAGCAGAAGACGUCUCAAAGGCACUUAUUGGUUCAUUCUCUGCCAAUGCGCAAGUGCGGCUCUCGCCAGAUCCCUUGGAUCCGGAUCGAUCGAUUAUUGAUCCCAAUGGGAGCGAUUACCCCUGUCGAGGCAGGGGUCCUGUGUGGCGGGAUAACUCAGGCAGCAUCGACAGUCUGAUCGUCGUGGGCAAAUUGCUCAAUGCUGGGUCGACGAUUAUCGAUCGCAAACGACCAGGUGUGACUUCGCGUUUCACUGAAGUCGAACGGGCUUUUGUCGAGGCGACCGAUAUCAAUUGGGAUACUCUCUCGAGAGAAGAGAGCAUGACGGCGCGAGAUCAUCUCUGGCAUUUCCUGGAUGGUCGCGUAGAGGGUGUCCAGGUCAAAAUUCUCAGUCCUCUGUGGAACGUAUGGUCCGAAUGUGCAGGUCGCUUUGACCAAUUCCACUUUACGUAUCGAGAAGCAGUUUCAUCUUGUCAGUGCACCGGCGAGGCUGCCACCAUCCGGGCACGUACCCAGCAUUUCGUGAUCCCAGACUAUCUUCCUGGGGACGAGAACGGGGUCAACAUGAGUGAUGUGGUUAGUCGUCCGUUUGCGCCUUUCCUCCAGGCAGAUUGUGUCACAUGCCAAGCCAAACAAAGUGUGACUGUCGAAAGAAGAUUCGACACUCUCCCUCUGCGCAUGGUGGUGGGACUCAACGAACGCACCUCGGCCAAGAAUCACACCAAGGAUAUCACCUUUGACUUCUGUGACGGUGAUGGCAUCCAACAACGAGCAACGUACCGUUGGCUCGGUGGUAUAUACUACAAGGAUUAUCAAUUCCGAGUCUUCUGGACCGAUACAAAGAGGGGUGAAACAGAAAAUGGAUUCCUCCAGACCUACGACAGCACGAUGAACGAGGGGCUCAUUGUCGGAGAUAUUCCUCCGGCCCACAAGGACGAGAGAGUGCCCGCAGCGUGGUGGAAAAACACUCACUUGCCGUUCCUCAUUUACGAACGCGUGGUGAAUCCCGAGCCAGAGGUCAUGAGCUUGGCCUGGCAUGCAUUGUCUGACAUGAUGAAGGUACAGAUGGAUGGCAACCUAAUCAUGCAGCAGCAUACCCCUUGGACGCGCAAUGAGCCCACCACUUCUCCGCCGAAGCUUCCCUGGGAUCGAUGCAUUCCGGAGGUACCUCGCUUCCGUACCGGCGCGACUGGAUACUCCUCGGAAGUCACUCUCCCAGAUGAUAUCGUUGAUCCUGACGCUGUUGUUGUUGCGCCAAAGCAAGGCUCCACCUCAUAUUCCGCGCGAAUUACAAGUCCUGGAACAUCUGUUAGCUCGGGGCAACCGCAAUCAGCGAGUAUGCACAUCUCGCCUGCGCCCACAGGGCUGCAACAAGCAGCACAAAUGCAAGCCCCCACGAACUAUGUCGCAGCCACGGCAGUCAACGGUCCUCCUUUCGCCUCGACCUUCGCGACAGCCCAGGCCACCGGAGUGGAAGCUUUGGAAUUCAGUGCACCGAAUGCGGGUAGCUUGUUCAACACAUUCAACGGCGGUCCGGCCAUGGGAAGGAGCGGCAGCUCACGCUCAGGGAACAGUUUCUCCAGGUUCAACAACUACGCGACCUCGGGCAUGGGCGAUGGCAACGCGAUGCAGAUUUCCCCCACGCAGCAAUUCUUCUGGAUCCCCUCACCGUCUAUGAGUCCAGAGAGGCAGCGCACUUCCCCGCGCAGACAGCAAGGCAGGCAGUCGCGGUCGCCGGAUAUGAUGGCAGGCUUUGCAGUGCGUGGCGGCGGCGAUGGCCGGACUUCGCCAUGGCUCCAGUUUGUGCGUCUUUCGCCCCAACAUGCCGUCGAAGAGGUACAGGACAACAACAACAACGCUAACACCAGCGCUGCCGCCAACGCCAAUGGCAAUGCCAACGCUAAUGCUAAUAAGGAACCAAGCAAUGGACGAAAGGCACCCCGGAAACGGGCGCGGGCCGAGCCCACUGCCCCGGUCCGACGAAGUACCAGGCGUAGGGCAUGA